AUGGCAGAACCACAGGAAGACGUUCAGAUGGACACCCAAGAAAUUGAGCUGGAAACACCGCCCUCAGAUGUCUUCAUGGCACCUUCAAUAUCCAAGCCAGGCAUUCUCGGUGGAAAGUCGUAUUCGCACUUCUCACCAAUACCGAAACGAAUAGCAGACGACAUGUCCGCAGAAGUCGUGCUAGGUGUUGAUGAAGCUGGACGAGGUCCUGUCUUGGGGCCCAUGGUGUACGGACUCUUCUAUCUACCCAUCGAACUGCAUCACUCUCUCCUCGCCGAAACGCACCACUUCGAUGACUCCAAGGUCCUGACUCCUGAAGUCCGCACAGAUUUAAUGCGCAAGCUCUGCACCAAGGGCUCAGAUCUCUACGAGGCCGGCGGAUGGGCAACACGCGUCAUGUCAGCGCAAGACAUCUCAGCGCACAUGUUAUCCCCCAACGUAUACAAUCUCAACGCCCAAGCAAUGGAUGCCACCAUAGACCUGAUCAAGGAGGUGCUGGCUCAAGGAGUGAAUGUCAAGGAGAUCUACAUCGACACCAUUGGCAAACCAGAAAUUUACCAGAAGAAGCUAGAGAGGAUAUGGCCUACAAUACGGAUUACAGUCGCGAAGAAGGCCGAUAGUCUAUACCCUUGUGUCAGUGCGGCAUCAGUGUGUGCAAAGGUUACCCGGGACGCCGCCCUGGACGUCUGCUACGAACCCUACCAGAAUCGCGCUACCGAGGCGAACGAAGAUGCUGAAGUCAAAGUGGCUUGGGGUUCCGGAUACCCGUCAGACCCAAGGACACAGACCUGGCUGAAGCAGAACAUGGACCCUCUUUUUGGCUGGGGUAGCGAGACUCGCUUUUCGUGGGGAACCGCCAAAGAGCUUCUAGAAGGGAAGAAACCCGACGUCGCUAUCGAAUGGCCUACGGAAGACGAUGGUAACGACAUGCGCAUGACAGACUUCUUUAGUGGUAAGAAUGAAGGCGGUGGAGACGAAUUGGUUGACUGGUUCGGAAAGCGUGUCACACAGGAGAUGGAUGUGUUCUGA